AAAGCACAAGUGCACAACACUUCCUUCGUCAAGAAAACGCGAACUCGUUGUAGGUUAUUACUACUCUCGAUUUGAUUUAAAUUCUGGAAUCCUCAUGAUUUCUGAUAAAUAAAUUGAACUCGACAAAUUUUACAAUAAUCUUCGUUCAAAUGCAAGAGUUGUUAACUUUCACAGUUGUCGCCGAUUAAAACUCAUAUAUAACCUCUAUAUACACAAUCACUCUAUACGCACAUUGCGUAUACGUAUUUCUAUGUCGGCGAGUUCCAGUCCUGCUCGGAGCUCCGGCAGCUCCAGAUUACACCACCUCGGAAGCAUCUCGAAGCGGCGACCAUCGCCGGCGAAGAAGCCGCCGGAGCCUCUCCGCCGUGCCGUCGCGGCUUCUCUCUCGCUUUCGCACUCCAGCGAAACGUUGCGGAUACUUAGGGAUUAUCUGGCAGCACAUACAACAACUGACUUGGCUUACAGUCUGAUCAUUGAACAUACACUUGCUGAGAGGGAGAGGAGCCCAGCUGUAGUAACAAGGUGUGUGGCGCUUCUAAAACGUUAUCUUUUACGAUAUAAACCAAGUGAGGAGACAUUACUACUGAUCGACUGUUUUUGUGCAAACAUAAUUUGUGAGUGUGAUAUUAGCCCAAACAGUAAGUUUUCACCAUGGUCGAGAUCUUUAAGCCAAUGUGGACCUUCCGGAACAUCUUCAAAAAUAUCUCUGAUGCCCUUGUCAAGUUUUGCAUCAGGGGAACUUGUCAAAUCUCUCAAGUAUGUUCGUUCUCUAGUAGCACAAGUACCAAAAAGAUCAUUUCAAGCUGCUUCUAUGACUGGCACACCUACAGCAUUAAGACAGUUACCUCCGUCAUUGUCAUCUCUCUUGAGCAAGUCUUUCAGCUCUCACAUAAACCCUGAAAAUGUCAAAGAAUCUUCCGAGCUUAAAGAAUCAUCUGCUGCUUCUCGUUUAAAUUCAUCAAUUACUGAGACAGUUAAAGUAAAAGAAGAUUAUGAGUUUAUAGCCUCCGAUAUUUCCAAAUGGCGUUGGCAAGGACAUCAGCAAACAUCAUUGUUUUCUCUUGAUAGUGAUCAUCUCCUGAAUAUGCAAGGUGUAAGUAAGCAUAGUUUUCUUGAAGCCGGGGCUGCUUCACUUCUUGUUGAAGACAUGGAAGCCAAAAUGAAGGGUCAACCAUGGAGAAUUUUUGGGACAGUUGGUAUGCCUUACUUUGAUAAAUUGCUCCAAACUUCGCUGCUUACAACUACGAACACUGCCUCUGCUCUUUCCCAUAUGAGAGCAAUAACAGCAUCGAAACGCUCUAAGACAGCCUCUUCACAGAUAUGGGAAGAUACUCUAGUGAGCACCUACCGCCCGCGUCCUCGACCACUUUUCCACUACCGUCAUUACAGUGAACAACCACCGCUAAAACUAAAUUCUGUGGAGGUAUGUGAGGUCAUUGCUGCCGUAUGCUCGGAAGCCCCUUCUCCUGCUGCUAACCUGAUGACUAUGUCAUCAAAGUUAAGUGACAGAAAUGGGAAGCCAUCAAUGGAUGUUGCCACGAGCAUCCUUAUUAAACUUGUUAUUGACAUGUACAUUAUGGAUUCUGCAUCAGCUGCUCCGCUGACUCUAUCAAUGCUUGAGGAAAUACUAAGUACAUCUAGAUUAGCCUCAAAAGCUCGAGCUUUUGAUUUAAUUCUGAAUCUCGGGGUCCACGCCCAGUUGUUGGAGCCUUGGGUAGCUGACAAUGAUUCGACAACUGAAAAAUAUUUCCAGCAACCAUAUCUUGACAGUUUAGCACAACUUGCCAACCAUGGCACAGUAAUGCCAGACUACUCAAAGAUAGGAAACUCAACAGCUGUUGAUAAGUUUGAGUCUUGGAUUUUGGGUAUUUUAUAUGAGCUUCUACUGCAUCUCGUUCAGAUGCAAGAGAAGGAAGAGUUUAUUUGGGCUUCUGCUCUUAGUUGCUUACUUUAUUUUGUCUGCAGUAGAGGCGAAAUCCGCAGGAGCAGAUUAGUGGGUCUUGACAUAAGAGUAAUUCAGGUUCUUAUACAGGUCAGCCGAAACAACUCCUGGGCAGAAAUUGUCCAUUGCAAGCUUAUAUGCAUGUUAACAAACAUGUUCUAUGUACUUGCUGAUGGACUUGCACCUAAUUUGGCUAGUCCUAGAAUUCUUGUUGAGCAAAUUGAUCUGAUUGGAGGAAUUGGGUUUGUUUACAUGGAGUUUGUGCUUGCAAACCUGAGGGCUGAUAGGAAAAAUCUUUACAUGGUUCUUUUUGACUAUGUUUUGCAUCAAAUAAAUGGAGAAUGUUUGGCUUCUGGAGUUCCUGAAUAUAGUGAUGAUGAAAGUCAAGUUAUUGCUACGUUGCUCACUCUCGCAGAUGCACCCGAAGCAUUGCAUAUUUCUGUUAAGCUUGGGGUGGAAGGCGUUGGGGACCUCUUGAAAAAUUCAGUUGCUGCUGCUUUGUCCAGAUACGCCAACUGUGACAGACUAUGCAUGCUUUUAGAAAAGAUUAUGGAGAAGUUUGAUACACUUGUUCGUUCGUUCACUAAUUUAGACACAGAGUUUUCCCAUCUCAGACAUAUAUCCAAAUCUUAUAAUUAUCUGGAAAGUAUUGAGGAUGGAUUUGUAAGAGAAGAUUUUUGCAUGAAAGCAAAACUUGCAUGGGCCACUUUACAUUCUCUCCUUCACUCAGAAAGGAUUGCAUAUCGCCACAAUGGGUAUCUGUGGUUGGGUGAUUUGCUUGCAGCAGAAAUUAAUGAUAAGAAGGAUGCAAUAUGGUCAAAUGUUAAAACCUUGCAGCAAAAAAUUGCUCUUGCCGGUGUCAAUGAUUAUUCAACUAAUUUAGAUGUCCCUUUGUCAAUUUGGCUUUUCUGUGGACUUCUGAAGUCAAAAAAUAGCCUCGUCAGAUGGGGAUUUCUAUAUGUUCUUGAUAGGCUUCUAACAAGAUGCAAAUUCUUAUUAGAUGAGAGAAAAAAUCAGCAUUUGAACAAAGAAGUGGUUGAACAAUUACAAGAUAAGAGUUGUCUUGAGAAAGCCAAUGCAGUUUUGGAUAUUAUGAGUACUGCGCUGUCCUUGGUUGCUGACAUAAACGAAACAGACCACUUAAAUAUUUUAAAGAUGUGCUAUAUCUUAUUUUCCCAACUGUGUCUGGUUGUCCUGCCUUCAAAUUCAGUGUCAUGCGGUAAUGAUGAUGCUAAAUCAGGAAUGUCAUGUGAGGGGGCUACCAAUGAAGAUACAAAAAACAAAUUUGGUAUUGAUAAUGACACUUUAAUUGGUGAAACGGCAUCGAUGGCCGCCCUACUACUCCGAGGACAGGCUGUUGUGCCCAUGCAAUUGGUUGCUCGAGUCCCUGCUGCUUUGUUUCACUGGCCUCUGAUUCAACUAGCUAGUGCAGCAACAGACAACAUCGCGUUAGGUGUUUCUGUUGGUAGUAAAGGUAGAGGAAACAUUCCUGGUGCCACAUCAGAUAUAAGGGCCGCACUUAUCUUACUUUUAGUUGGUAAAUGCACUGCUGUACCGACUGCUUUCGAAGAAGUUGGUGGAGACGAUUGCUUUAGGGAGCUGCUGAAUGACCCAGACUCCAGAGUGGGAUAUUACUCUUCAACUUUUCUGUUGAAGAGAAUGAUGACGGAAGAACCGGAAAGUUACCAACGUAGGCUUUCAAGCCUUAUUCGUAGAGCUCAACAGAGUAACAAUGAAAAGCUAUUAGAGAAUCCAUAUCUUCAAAUGCAAGGGAUACUUCAGUUAUCAAAUUAGCAAAAUUAUGGAUAUCUGGGUCGUACUGACUGCUCAUCUACAAUCUGCUUUUAAACCAUUAAAGUGUGUCUGCUGACACUUUUUGCAGCAAUUCUAAUUUCGGAUAUUUAAAUUUGAGUAUGGACAGCUGGGGAUAUCGUUCGUAGGAAUUCUUAUACAGCUAAUAUGAGCCAAGGAUGUUGGCCAUUGAAUAUGCCCACAGUUUAUCUAAUGCUGGUCUUUGGGAUGAAUAGGUUUUGCAAAUGGGAAAUCACUUUUUCCUUAAGAAUAUUAAAGAGUUUAACAUUGAUCAUCUUCGAGGCAGAGGAGUCUGCAGGCCAUCUUAUUUUAUCCAAUGUCAUCGAGGCGUACCGAACUGAGGGCAAGACAAGCCAAUCCACACUUGAAUGCAUAUAGAUAGGUCAUGAAAAGAAUGAUGUAUACUUCUUACUGUAUAGGUUGCUUUUAAUUGGUUUUAAGUUGUGUGAUGCAUAUUAGUUCUCAGCUUUUGCAACCAAGGUACUAGUUUGUACAAAGUGUGAUGUAAAAAUAAAUAUAUUAUUAUUGUAAUUCUUAACCUUCAACCUUUCCAA